UAUAGCUGUACCUGAUCAAGUACCCUAGGUCUUCUUUAAUAGAAUAAAAGAUGUCAGAAAAGCUUGUGAUGCAUGAUCAGAUGAAUAUAAGAGAUGCAAUAAAAAUACUGUCAUAUCUAUGGUUACAUCAAUGGAACAAAAGAGAUACAAUAUAAAUAUCACCACAGCCACAGCUACAAUACAAAUAAAAUAUCUAAAGCUAUAUAAAUGGAAUACAGAUGAUGGAGAAAAAGAAUUGUUAUGGUGCAAUGUUACAUGAAUACAAGUAAAAUGUCAUCAUGUCUACAGCUUUAGCGAAAUCUAUAAUAUCAGGAAAAACCUUAUUAAAGUUAUUAACAAAUUUUCUACUCAAUCCUUGAUGGCAAAGACAUAAAUAAUAAAGGAAGCAUCUCAUGAUGCUCUGCAAGUGUGAUGACAUAAUUACAACUAAAAUAUAAAAUCAACUAAAAGAAGUGCUUAUAUAAAAAAUUAGGACAAUGUUACACAAAAUAAUCGAAACUGUUAAUAAAUGUAGAACAAAAGGCAGAUGAAGACAUGGCUGUCUGCUACUAAAAGUAAAUAUCUGCCAGUUAAGCCAACAGUAAAUAUAUUUUUUUUUAAAAAUCAACUGAUUUUGUGCAGAUCCACAUUGUUUAUCAUCAGAAGUCAACAGUGAAACUAAUGGCUAUCCUUGAGUUGCUCUAGUCUGAAUGAGAGGUGUCUAACGGCUGGGAACAAACAUGAUGUUCUUGUUAUUGCUGCAUGGAGAGUUCUUCAGCAGAAAUAUUCGCAGAAGAGUGUUUUAUUGGGAACAUAAAACAACACUUUACUUUUGUAGUUCUGUCUUAGUGUGGCAGUAGUUCCCAGCAUCUGGUGGCAUGGUAUGGCCAGCCAUAGCGCUACCUGCAAACACCCCGUCAGAGUGUGCAGGUACCAAGCCCAAAUAAGCUUCAUGCAACUCAGUUAUCAAAUGACCACAGCCACAGCAGGACGGCAGAAAGAGACAGCAGUCAACAGCAGGUUGCCUCCACUAGUUCAAGUGAAAAGAUAAGCAGCAAGAAACGUCUUGUCACUACGCAAUCUUCAGUCAAUUAAUUCCUCAGUUGUGUAGACUUUCUAAGGCAGAAAGUAUACUGUGACCAACUUCAGGAUUAUUCGAACUGCAAAGGUGCACGAGUCAAAUCCUGUGACUUUCAAAUUCUACAGCAAACAAUGAUGAAAGAAAGCCAUGAUGAUGUGCAAUAAAUUUUGAGAGGUAAGGACAAAAAUAAAGAAAAUAACAAAAAGAAAAAUUCUAAUCACAUCUAAAGUGGUUGCUUAUGAGCAUUGGGAAAUAGAUAUUGUGCUACUGUGCCAGCUCAAAAUAAAUUAUUCUCUUUGUUGUAUUAGUUAGCAGACAUCAGCAGAACUUCAGUUUUCUUCAUCACCAAAUCAGAUAAAGGCAAAGAAGCUUUUAAUGUGGCUGGCUGGCUUUAUAAAAUCAGCUACAUUUACAUUUUUGGAUAUACUACAAGACGAGAUUGUUGUGAAUGAAGAAGCUUGCAACAGUUGGUUUCCUUAAAGAAAUCAGUUACAAUUUGUAAACAUGUUGGACAAUGAGUCUGUUGUGAUUAAAGAUAACAAGCACGGUAAAUGACAAUGGUACAGUUCUGGAAUGCAACAUCCAUUUAACAGUACAUGACAAGAGCAUAAUGUCAGCACAAUGGAAUUGGCACGACUCAAUGGACAAUAGUAGUAUUGCCUCACAAACAAAUCUAACAUCUCCAGCACCGCCAACCAGACCAAGUCCAUCUUUAACAGAUAUCCUCAAGCUGUACCCAGCAUACACAGCAUCACUGGAACUGGGCCGCUGGGGCUGUGGGGUGUUGGUAGCACUGGGAACAGUGACAAGCCUACUAACACUGGCUGUGAUGGCUCGCAAAACCAUGCUAGCCUCCUCUACUUGUCUCAGCUUUGCUCUGCUAGCUGUGACAGACCUCAUGGUGUUGUAUUUCUCAUGUCUACGCCGUCUCUUCUUUAUACUGAAUGAUGAAGUGGAUGUCUUCAUCCAGACGCACGGUUCCUGCCGCACCAUGGACUUCUUCAUUUACCUUAGCUAUGACCUGUCCUCAUGGUUACUGGUUGUUAUGACCAUAGACAGGUGAGUGGAUCUGUCCUCAUGCUUACUAGUUGUUACGACCAUAGACAGGUGAGACAAGGUCUGCCAUUUUGAAGAAAAAAAAAAUCUUGUCCUGUGACCUCACCUCUGCCUGCUAGCUCAACUGUUGUACAAGACUUAGUUCAUUCCAAUUUUAUAAAGCUGCCAAAAACCUGAAUGACAUAAGAAACUGAAUACUAUAAUUAUAUUUAUAGACAAGGGAUAAUUCACUUUAAAGCAGACCUGGGCAAGGGGCGGCCCGCCUCCUGUCUCUGACUGGCCCGCCCGCCAGUAUAUAUACUAUAUAUACAGUACUGGGUAAAACUGAGUUGACUAUAUUAGUCCGGCCCUCUAAAACCAUCCCAAUUUCUCAUGCAGCCCCUUGGGAAAAUUAAUUGCCCACCCCUGCUUUAAAGGGUUUGUUAAUGGUAUUUACCCCAAAUCAGAAAUUAAGGAAAUGCUAUGAUGAACUUGUCCAGGCCUGCAAAUACAUGCCAAAGAUAACAUAAUAUUUCUUGUGGCAGAUUCAUAGCUGUGCGAUACCCUCUUAAGGCAGCAGAGAUGUGCACACCACGUAAUGCAGGGAUAGCAGCAGCUGUGGUGACACUGGUGUGUGUGGCCAAAAAUAUGCAUUUCUUCUUCACAUCAACUGUCACUGUGCGCAAGGGCUGCCUCCCAAAAACCCAAUUCCUGUAUUUCCGUGACUAUGUGUGGCCAUGGUUAGAUGCCAGUUUCUAUUGCUUCCUGCCAUUCUGCCUGCUGCUCAUCUUUAAUGUUCUUAUCAUUCACUACAAUCGGCAUCGCAUCACCAACUUUCCUUCUUCUACCAUGCCUACUGCAAUAGGCGCUGGAACCGGCAACUUCCAGCAGCGGCUGACUACCAUGUUGCUUCUAGUGUCCUUCACUUUCAUGAUUCUCACAGCACCACGGGUCAUUCUUAUCUGCAUCCGCCAACAAGUUUUCCAGUUCAUCUCACCAAGUGGUCACAUCAAUUUUGAAGUGGUGGCCAACUAUGCUCUGAUUAGUGCUGUUUGCAGUUUUCUGCAGUGGGCUAACCACACCAUCAACUUUUUCUUGUACUGCAUUAGUGGAAAACGCUUUCGGCAAGAACUGACUGACAUGGUAACGCACUGCCAUCACCGUCACCGUAGACAGCCAGCAGUUGUUGUCGCCAGUCAAGCCCAGCAUGUAAGGGCACCAAGAAGAGAGAGUGAAACAAGCAGUCUGUCUGUCAGUCUGUCUGUCUGUACAUCUGAGGAAGUGCACCAGUACAGCCAGCACCCACCCACAAACCUGGAAGACCCUCUCAGCCGGGUCAGCAGAUGGACAGAAGAUAAUUGUGCCCAUCCAAAUGGAUAGCUGAUACAUUUUUCACAGAUAAUUUUGCUUAAUUAUGAACAAGCUUUGUGAAGGCAAAGACAGGGCAUUAUUACUUUUGUGCAUAUGUUUGUAAGUGAAAAAUUAAAAUAUUCAUACAUAAAUACCCACAUACAUAAAGCUUUAGAAUAAUCCUUUCAUAAAGUUUUAGAGAGAAUAUUAAAUGCAACAGUGACAGAGAACAAAAAUCCAGUAUCUAAAAGUAUGCAAGACACUUAACAUGAGAGCAGUGCAAGCUUCUUUCAGAUAAUGUUAGCACAAAGCCAAUUGCAUUAGCUUUACGGGAUAGUACUUCUUGCAGAAGAUUGAUGGUGGCAACACAAAGCAACCAUGAGCCUGCUACUAUGGCUUUAUCUGAUAGUAUUUUUCGUCUGUAUGAUUUGGUGACCAUACCUAGGACUGAAUUUAAGUAAUCAAUUGUAAUCUUUCACCUCAUUUAUAUUAAAUUUAUAUGAAUUUAUACUAAUUUUUAAACACUAAUGGCUAGAAAGAAGAAAAAAAAAGUCAUGUACUUUUCAUUUAUGUAUUUAUAUGAAAUUUUAAACUGAGUAUAAGCUUCUCUUACAGACUAAUAAUAAUUCUCCCAAAACCAUGCACAGGUUUCACUUUCAAGUGGCAGGAAAUAAGAUUA